ACCUUAACGUCAGUUCCGAAGGCUUUGCCUAAGUCUCUGACAGCCUUCUGGAAGGUGAGGUGUUGGGGACACCUGGUGGUCACUUGCUUCUUCCCAAUCCUGAAUUUACGCUCUAACGGAGUGCGGGACAGAGUAAGGAAAGAAGUCGCUCAACUACCUUUUCUUGUGAACUGGAAGAAGUCUAGGGGUAGCUUUGUAGGGAUGGUCCUGGAGAUUACUCCCUGUUGGCCACCGCCUCUUCCUCUCUCCUUCCUGCCUCAGGAACCCAGCGCCUGACAGCGCCUUGACUUGCUAGAGCAUAGCAUCUGAAACAUCCAAAACGCACUUUUCUCUAUCAUUCUUAAAAGGAUAGACUUGCAGAUUGUUUCCAACAGGUCGGGGUCUAUGAAGGUGAUUUGAGGAAACCCAGGCGCAAUGGGAGUCCAGGGACUUUGGAAGCUGCUUGAAUGCUCGGGAAGACAGAUAAAUCCAGAAACUCUGGACGGAAAAAUUCUUGCCGUUGAUAUUAGUAUUUGGUUAAAUCAAGCACUUAAAGGAGUCAGGGACAGACAUGGAAACUCAGUUGAAAAUGCCCAUCUUCUUACUUUGUUUCAUCGACUUUGCAAGCUGUUAUUUUUCAGAAUUCGACCAAUUUUUGUUUUUGAUGGGGAAGCACCGCUGUUGAAGAAACAAACUUUGGCUAAAAGAAGACAAAGAAAAGAUUUAGCAUCCAAUGACUCCAAGAAAACUACAGAAAAACUUCUGAAAACAUUCUUAAAAAGACAAGCUAUCAAAACUGCUUUGAGAGGCAAAAGAGAUGAAGCACUUCCUAGUCUUACUCAAGUUCAAAGAGAAGAUGACAUCUAUGUUUUGCCUUCAUUACAAGAGGAGGAGAAAAACAGCUCAGAGGAGGAAGAUGAAAAGGAAUGGCAAAUAAGAAUGAACCAAAAACAAACAUUACAGGAAGAGUUCUUUCAUAAUCCUAAUGCAAUAGAUAUUGAAUCUGAAGACUUCAGUUGUCUACCACCAGAAGUAAAGCAUGAAAUCUUGACUGAUAUGAAAGAAUUCACUAAGCGAAGAAGAACGUUGUUUGAAGCGAUGCCAGAGGAGUCCAAUGACUUUUCAGCAUAUCAACUCAAAGGUUUGCUUAAAAAAAACAACUUGAACCGACACAUAGAAAGUGUCCAAAAAGAAAUGAAUCAACAACAUUCAGGCGAGAUCCAAAGGCAAUAUGAAAACGAAGGGGGUUUUAUGAAGGUGGUGGAAGCAAGGAAAGUAAUUUCUGAAGAUACUUCUCAUUACAUCUUGAUAAAAGGCAAUCAGACUAAGAAAACUGAAGAAAUGGAUACUAAAUCAGUUCUUCCUUCUUCUAGUAAAAUGUGUAGCCCACAUCCUUUUGAUGCAAAACCAUCAUCAUCAUUUGAGAAGCAGAAGGCAGAGAAAGAUAUUUAUACUGAUUCAGAAGCCCCUCCCUCCCCAAGGACCCUAUUAGCUAUCCAGGCUGCCAUGAUGGAAAGUAGCUCAGAAGAAGAACUGGAGAAUGAAAAUAAAAAGCAGUUCAGAGUGAAAAAAGCACAUAACUCCACUACUGUAGUUGAAGGCUGUGUAUCACCUAGAACUUUAUUGGCAAUUCAAGGAAUUCUUGAUGAUGAUAUGAAAACAGAUGAGAGGAAAAACUCUCAAAUUGGAAUGUCAGAAGUUAAAGAGAGUCUUAUAAAUGGGACAGAAGAAGAAGAUGAAUUCCAAAAAGUCAGAAAAAGCAAAGAAACACAAUUUCCAACAGUAUCUCCUUCAGAAACUAUGAUAUUUAUACAAGGAAAUGAAUGCACUGUUAAGAAUGAACACAAAUCUGAACCUAUAACUCAUUCAUUAAAAACUAUCCUUUUAGAAAAGAAUGAAUCUAUUAUGAAUCUAGAAGAACUAGGAUCAGUAAAUCAUUCAGCAAAUACAGUCUUUGGGCCAAGUAUUAAAUCUACUUUAAAGAAUGAAAAAGAACCAAUUCUUACAACUCAUUCAGAGAGUACAGUUAACAUAGAUAUUGGUGAAUCUGGAGGUGAGGAUAGAAAAGUCCCACACAUGUCAAUUCAAUUGACAAGUACAGGGGUUGUAUCUGAAGAUAAUAAAAAUCCUGAAUUUGAAAAGGAUAUUUUCAUAUCUCCAAAUAAGUGUGAUUCCUCUAUGUUGGUUGUUUCAAGUGAUAAGGAAAUACAAUAUAAAAAUUUUUCUGAAAUUGAAACUAACUCUUUGCAAGAAGCAGAUAACUUACAAUCAGUAAAUGCUCCUUUGCUGGCAGUAAGUCCUCUUGUUACAGCAAAUGCUAUAGUAAGCCAUAAACCCAGUGAACAUGAAAAUUCACAGAAAACUCUACAAGAUGGUGAAAAGAAUGAAUCUGUAGCUCAAGAUUUAAUUUCAGCAACAGCAAAGACUGUGACAUUAACAGAAAUGAACUCAGAAGAAAGUGAAUCUGAUGGUAGUUUCAUUGAAGUAGACAAUGAAAGUAGUAGUGAUGAACUUCAGACUGAUUUUCAUGAAGUAUUCAGACCUCUCACUGAACUUGGGGAAAAGCCUGAAGAAGAGGCUAUAGACACCGAGAGAAAAGGACCUGUUGGGGCUACUGAGAACCUCCUAAGAGACUCUCCUGAAAACAUAGAGUCAGCCAAGCAACCAGAGGAAGGGACUGAAAAAGAAACAGAUGAAACGGUCAAUGAGUGGGAAGAUAUUAAUUUGGAAGAACUGGAAGCUCUGGAGAACAAUCUUUUAGUAGAACAGAAUUCACUGAAAGCUCAAAAACAGCAACAAGAACGGAUUGCUGCAACUGUAACAGGCCAGAUGUUCUUGGAAAGUCAGGAACUACUACGAUUAUUUGGCAUUCCUUACAUUGAAGCUCCUAUGGAGGCAGAAGCUCAGUGUGCCAUUUUGGACCUGACUGAUCAGACAUCUGGAACUAUCACUGAUGAUAGUGAUAUUUGGCUUUUUGGAGCACGGCAUGUGUAUAAAAAUUUUUUUAGUAAAGACAAGUUUGUAGAAUAUUACCAGUAUGUUGACUUCCACAACCAGCUAGGUUUGGACCGGAGCAAACUAAUUAAUUUGGCCUAUUUGCUUGGAAGUGAUUACACGGAAGGUAUACCAACUGUUGGCUGUGUAACAGCCAUGGAAAUUCUUAAUGAAUUUCCUGGACAUGGCUUGGAACCUCUCUUGAAAUUUUCAGAAUGGUGGAAUGAAGCUCAGAAGAUUAAGAAAAUAAGACCCAAUCCCCAUGACACAAAGGUGAAAAAGAAAUUGCGGCAAUUACAACUUUCUCCUGGUUUCCCUAACCCAGCUGUUGCAGAAGCUUACCUGAAACCUGUGGUGGAUGACUCAAAGGGAGCAUUCUUAUGGGGAAAACCAGAUCUUGAAAAAAUUAGAGAGUUUUGUCAGCGUUACUUUGGCUGGAAUAGAACAAAGACAGAUGAAUCUUUGUUACCUGUACUAAAACAGCUGAAUGCACAGCAGACCCAGCUCCACAUUGAUUCUUUCUUUAGGCUGAUACAACAUGAGAAACAACAUGUUAAAGGAAUUAAAAGCCAGAGACUCAACAGGGCUGUGACAUGUAUGCUCAGGAAAGAAAGGGAAGAAGAAGCUGGUGAAAUAGAAGCAGCUACUGCUGCCAUGGAGAGAGAAUUUAAAUCAGUUGAAAAGACAAAGGACAAAACUGAGAAGAAAAAUGUAGGAAAUAAAUCAGAAAAACGGCAAAAUUUAAAAAGAAAAGUGCAUUCCAGUGCCAGUCAGGAGAAUAAAUGUGGUGGAGGUGGCUUCAUUGGAGAAGCCUAUUUCUCAGCACCAUCUGAUACAUCUUUAGGGGAAGGUUAUGAAUGUAUAUCUUCAAACAAAGUCAAGAGGGGAAAACCAACUAAGCAGCCAAAUAUUGUCUCUUCAGAUUUUCAGGAGAUAACACUACAUAAUCCUGAAAAGAAUGAAGAAGAAACUAGCAGCUCUAGUGAUGAAGAUGGAAAAGGAGCACAAAUGGUUAUGGUGACUGCUCGGUCUGUGUUUGAGAAAAAGAAAGGAAAACAAAGAAAUGUGAGGGGGAAAAAAAGAAAAACAUAGUUAAUUUUUCUUCUGUUACUUUGAGAAUCACAUGGGGGUAUAGAUGAAGGGCUAGCUCCAAAGUCCGGAUGACCUGGGUUCCUUACCUGUCUCUGAUACACAUUUGCUGUGUGAUUCUGGGCAAGUCACUAAAUUUUUCAGAGUCCCAGCUAACUAUUUAAGACUAAGUUUUAGAAUAGUUACUGGUCUGCAUCAGUAGCAGAACUUUCUUUACCAGAAGCUCCUUAUGCUCAUGAAAUCAUGUCUGGAUCUAGACACAUAUAUCUGUAUAAAGAGAAAUCAGGUGUAAUAAAAUUUCCUAAUGAAUUUGUUAUAGAGAGAAAAUAAAAUCCAGUAAGUCAUAA